GUGUCAUAUAUGCACAUGGAGGUAGAGAGAGAGAGAAAUGGAGAUGGGUUAGAGAGAGAAAGUGAGCUCGUCAUGUUUGCCAUCUGUUGUACUUGGGAGGACUAUCCGGGUUUUCCAAAGCCAUCUUUUAUGCUGGCCGAGACUCGUGAGGUGUGACGGUGAUGAGACCGAAGGUGGCCCUUUUUCAUGCUCUCUGUUUGCAGAUUCGUUCUCUAUCUCUGUCCGGAUUGUAACGCACAGAGCUCUCGAACCCUAAUUUUUCAAACUCAAACCCUAGUGUUGUGCGAGUGCUGAUCUGCAAAUGCAGGGCGAAGAUGUUCUGAUGAUUAUUCAGUGGUUCAUACUUGAAGUUCUGAUAUGAGGAAGUUCUUCAUUUUCUUUUCCAUAAACUGAGUUAAAGAUGGAGAUUUCCAUUUCAUCAACAUUGUAGAAACAAGUUUCUAUCAGAGCAAGGUAGAUUCAGCCUGUCAUGCUGGUGUUCAUUGAAUAGUGCAAAGCAAGAAAGAUGCUGUAGCUGAAGCAGGACUGCUGUAAGUCGGUGAAGACGCUGUAGGUUAUUCAGAGCAAGGUAGAUUCAGCCUUUCAUGCUGGUGUUCAUUGAAUAGUGCAAAGCAAGAAAGACGCUGUAGCUGAAGCAGGACUGCUGUAAGUUGGUGAAGAUGUUAUUCAGCAGAGAAAUUGAGGGCCUGCAUGAUGAUGGUUUUGCGGGGUCAAUUGAUGAGCGCCACAUUUUUACAGAGGUUUUCUUUGGGAAUGACAGUGACAGAACUAGUAGCAAGAGGUGUCUUGUUACUGGAGUUAUCAAUUUUGAAUGUGAAUCCAGUAAGCAAACAGAUGUGUCUCUUUGUUCAACCAGUGAAACCUCAGCCUUAACAACUCAGGAUGACUCUUGUAAUGUAAAGGAGGAUUCUAGAGGAAAUUCUGGACCUUCUUGUUUCUCAGAAGGACGUGCUUUGUUAAAGAGGAAAGAUCAUGACGUGAAUGCUAAACGGAUAAAGUUAUCGGUUGAUGACUUUUCUAGUGUCAAACCUUAUUUGGGAAACAUUAUGAAAUCGUCAUCUCCUUUGAAAGAGGUUGAUUCUGGUAAAUCCAAACCUGCUUCACGUUCUGCUUAUCGUACUGUAACAUGUCGCUUAGUUGAAUCAUCCAGUCAGGGUGUUACAUCCAGCUGUUAUCUGCUUAGGCGACAUGUUGAAAUGGGCAGAGGUUAUAUGGGUGACAGUAAUGCUUCUAAGUUUGGAUUAAGUGAUGGGAAGGAAGUUGUUGCAAAUAAAGCAAUUGCUUCACCUGUUUCUCAGGAGAGCUUUGCCACCAAGCUUUUGGUUGGGAGUCCAUCUGCAACUGUCGCAACUACGUCUGCACCUCUUCAAUAUGCCAAUAAAAGAUGGAACAAAUCCAACUUUUUGGAAGUGGAUUUACCUGAAAUUUCAUUGAACAGUGACUCUUUGAAGGAUCCUCGUCCUCGUCUCCGCAAUCACGCCCAUCACCUGCUUAGAGCAGCGGGAUGGGAGAUUGGGAGGCGUAAAAGAGAACAUACUGUUAAUGGUGAAUAUGUUUUUAGGUCACCUCAGGGACAACCUAUACGUGAAUUUCGUAGAGCUUGGGAUUUAUGUGGUCAGAGUUUGUUUGAUGAUGGAAACAAUAUUGUGCAGGAAAUCAAUGGUAAAGAAUGGACUGAUACCACUGAAUUCUUAUCUGAUCUAUCUAAUACAUUGAAAGAAAUUGAGGAAGAAUUGAAUGGUUUAGAAACUAUUACUGCAUUGACUCAACGGUGGUGUCUUCUGGAUCCCUUUGCAUGUGUGGUGUUUAUUGACAAGAAAUUUUGUGCACUGAGAGCUGGAAAUGUAGUUAAAGCCAAGAGAAGUUUUGUGAUCGAUACGUAUGCAUUAGAUGAUUCUGUCUUGGCCCUGAAGAAUGUGGAUAGUAUUGAAAACCAGUUUGCCGAGAGACGCGUGAUAGAUCGGAUUUGUGGCUCUUCUCCGUUAACAGAAAGUGCAUUGACAGUUUUUGAGGAGAAUAACUCUAUUCGCAAGGAGCAAUGUGGUAAUAGCCUCUACGAAGUUCCCAUCACUUCCGGAAAUGCAGAUAUCAUUCUUGGAGGGUCCGAUACUAUCUCCCCUCAUCAAGAUAGCAAUACAAGUUCCCAAAGCUGUCAUAGGCACAGCUCUGACCAUGAUGUGGAAAUGCCUUUUGAAGUUUUCAAAGAUGUAUCAAUGGGUUCUUCUGAGGAAGUAGAUAAAUCUUUUGAAAGUAAAGUUCACAAGUUGAGAUAUCAGUUGCAGUGGUACGCGGAUGACUAUCAAAAUGAGGACGAGGGUGGGCAGUGCAUUGAAGCUCCAUCAUUCGGGCUAGAUGAUGCAUCUUUUGCAGAAGAUGUUAUGUUAGAAAAGAAGGCUCACAAGAAAUCGAAAAAGAUAUCUGAAAUGAAACUGAGCACACUAUAUCAAAAUGAUAGGGUAGUUCUGUCUACUUCUUGUGAGGCUAAACUACAUGACAUUGAUGAAAAUAGCAUUCAAUAUAAAUCAAGAGGAGUACGGGAGUAUUUCGUACCUGAUGUAAAGAAUAGCGGAAGUUGUAAAAAGUUAUUUCUUUGCUCGUCUGAUCUUUGGACCAAGGAACAGUUAAGAUCUAAGAAGUUCCGUCGCAAUACUGUUGCUUCUAAGAAAUUGGUUCAGGUUACUCAUGACCGUAAGCAUCCGAAGGAGCUCAAUGAAGCUCCUGUGCAUGUAAAGGAUGAUUCUCUGGUCUCUCAAACCUGGAGGCAAGUUAAUAAAUCAGAAAAACCUGACACCCAUGACAAAAAUGUAGAAAAGCAAUCAAAUAGAUGCCAGCUUAAGGAUGAUGAUCUUUUGAUUUCAGCAAUCAUAAAAAACAAAAGCUUCAGGUCCAAUGCCAAACGAUCUUCCCCAAAAAUGAAUGCCUACAAAUCAAAAUCUCUAAGGAAGCGCAAGAGCCAAAAGGGCAGCUGCAGGUUGCUUCCAAGAAGCCUUGGUAAGGGUGGAAAUCACUUCAUAAAUGGGAAGUGGCCUGCCUUUGGUGUAAGAACUGUUUUGUCAUGGUUGAUUGAUUCUGGGGUUGUUACUCCUAAUGAAGUGAUCCACUACCGAAAUCCGAAGGAUGAUGCUGUAGUCAAAGAUGGCUUAAUUACUCGGGAUGGGAUCUCAUGUAAGUGUUGUGGUAAAGUGCUUUCUGUGUCCGAGUUCAAGAUUCAUGCUGGUUAUAGGCUGAACCGUCCCUGUUUGAAUCUUUUCAUGGAGUCUGGUAAGGCAUUCACUUUAUGCCAGCUUGAGGCUUGGUCAGCUGAAUACAAGGCCAGGAAAAGUGCCACUCGCACUGUACAAGUUGAUGAGAUGGAUCAAAAUGAUGAUAGUUGUGGCCUGUGUGGUGAUGGGGGUGAGUUGCUAUGCUGUGAUAAUUGCCCAUCAACUUUUCAUCAGGCAUGCUUAUGUGCACAGGAGCUCCCUGAAGGCAAUUGGUAUUGUCCAAACUGCACUUGUCGGAUUUGUGGAUUUUUUGUUCAUGGUAGCAAGGCUUCAAAAUCCUCUGGUGCAUUAAAAUGUUCGCAGUGCGAGCAUAGAUACCAUGAAGCAUGCCUGAAAGGAAAGGGUAUCUGUGGAGGAGUGACUUCUGAUACCUGGUUCUGUGGUGAAGGCUGUCAGGAGGUUUACUCAGGCCUUCAGUCUCGCGUGGGACUUGCAAAUUUUUUAUCUGAUGGCUUCUCUUGGACACUUCUAAGGUGCAUUCAUGGCGACCAAAAAGUUCAUUCUGCCCAAAGAUUUGUUGCUUUGAAGGCAGAAUGCAACUCAAAAUUAGCUGUUGCUCUUAAAAUCAUGGAGGAGUGUUUUCUCUCCAUGGUAGAUCCAAGAACGGGCAUAGCCAUGAUACCUCAUGUAUUAUACAACUGGGGGUCUACAUUUGCACGUCUUAACUAUCAUGGCUUUUACACAGUGGUCCUGGAGAAAGAUGACGUGUUGAUUUCUGUAGCAUCAAUCAGGAUCCAUGGAGUAACAGUUGCAGAGAUGCCCCUUAUUGCAACUUGCAGUAAAUACCGUCGCCAGGGAAUGUGUCGGCGGCUUAUGAAUUAUAUUGAAGAGAUGCUAAAAUCUUUCAAGGUUGAGAAGCUCGUACUAUCUGCGAUUCCCAGUUUAGUGGAGACAUGGACUGUUGGUUUUGGCUUUAAACCCUUGGAAGAGGAUGAGAGACGAAGCUUGAACAACGUAAACUUGAUGGUGUUUCCAGGAACUGUAUGGCUGAAAAAGCCUUUGUAUGAUAAUAAAAAAACACAUCAAGAAGCAAGCAAUACAGGGCCAGGUCUUGAAUCACCCUCGGAAGCAGAUUAUACAGCUGAAACGAAAAAUUGCUCCCGGGGAGAGCCUAUCGAUGAGACUGCACAACCAUCUAAUGAAAUUUCUGCGGUUAAAGAAAUUGACACUGAAACAGAAAUUAGAGGAGGAGGAGAGCCCAUCGUUGAGACUGCACAAGCAUUUGAUGAUAUUUCUGCUGUUAAAGUAAUUGAUUCUGAAACAGAAAUUAGAGAAGGUGGCCGCCAGAAUUCAGUCGCAAGUGAAUACCAAGAUUGUAAUUUGGACAAACUUUUCUCAAAGUUGUCAUGUGUAGAACCAGCUUCAUUGUUUCGGGAAAGCCCACUUGAAGUGGUUUGUCAUGUUGAAUCCUCGGAUGUUUUGCAAUUGAAAUGAGAAAGAAAAUCAUCUGUAUUUCAAAAAUAA